UUCUUGUGGCAUUCCAGGAUCUGAAGGGGGCCUAUAAAAAAGCUGGGAAGGGACUUUUUAGGCUGUCAGGGAGUGACAGGACUAGGGGGAAUGGAGCAAAGCUGGAGGUGGGGAGAUUUGGACUGGAUGUGAAGAGGAAGCUGUUCAGCAUGAGAAUGGUGAGAGCCUGGCAUGGGUUGCCCAGGGAGGUGGUUGAGGCCCCAUGCCUGGAUUUGUUUAAGGCCAGGCUGGCUGAGGCUGUGGGCAGCCUGCUGUAGGGUAGGGUGUCCCUGGGGAUGGCAGGGGUGUUGGAACUAGAUGAUCCUUGUGGUCCCUUCCAACCCUGACUGAUUCUAUGAAUAUUCUACUUUAACAUACUGUAGGAUAUAUAUGUGUGUAUAUAUAUCUAUAAGUAUAUGGAUAUAGAUAUCUUCCAGGGUCCCUUCCAACCCCUAACAAGACAAACCAAGACAAAGUUAGAGUAUAAACUGGGCUCCAGAAAGCCAAAUGCCCAUUACUUAGUUACCAUCUCUGGAGUUCUGAUUCAAUCCCAAGUUGCUAGCUAGCAUUGUGAAUCUCCAAGAGUGCCUGCAGAAGGAUGCAGCUGUGCUGCCUGGCAUGUGUCCUUGUGUGAAUGUUGUGCCCUCAGAGAAGUUAUCACAUGAACUGAUUUCCUAAUGUUGGCACACAGAGCCUCCUGGCCCUGGCAUUUUGCAUGCAGCUACUCAGAGUAUUUUUAGAGGUGAAACUUCAACAAGCAAUCAAAAUCUGCAAACAGAAGUUAAACAGCUAAUCAUUACAGGGGGAGUAUCUGCCCUCAGGUUUUAAAACACGGGUCCAGAGGAAGGCAACAAAGCUGGUGAAGGGCCUAGAAACUAAAUAUGAUGAGGAGCAAGUGAGGAAGCUGGGAAUGGUUAGUUUAAGUAAGAGGAGGCUGAGGGGAGACCUCACUGCUGUCUACAACUAUGUGAAGGGAAGUUGUGGAGAGGCUGCUGCUGGUCUCUCCUCACAGGUAAAUACAAGAACAAGAGGGAAUGGCCUCAAGCUGCCAGGUUUAGGCCAGGCAUUAGCAAACAUUUUUCCCCAGCAAGAGUGGUCAGGCAUUGGAAUGAGCUGCUCAGGGAAUUAGUUGAGUCACCCACUCAGGUGGUGCUUAGGGACAUGGUUUCAGGUGAAUCUUGUAGAGCAGAGCUGUAGGUUGGACUUGGUGAUCCUGAGGUGAUUUUCCAGUCUGUAUGUUUCUGUGAUUCUGUGACUCUAAUCCUGGUCAAAAUUUGAGUUUCUACAAAGACCAAAUUGUUUUCUUUUCAUGAGGGGUUGGACUCGGUGAUCUCCUUGGGUCCCUUCCAACCCCUAACAUCCUGUGAUCUACAGUCCUGAGCCCUUGUCUAAGGAAGCUUCCUUCAUUCAAGAUUCAGUCAAAGCUAGGAUAAAUGAGGUUAGUCUGAUCUUGGUGAUGCUAAUUGUAAUUUCUUUCCAGCACUUGUGAUGGCUUCAAUUUGUCAAGAAGCUCAAGAAUUCUGCAACUGGGUCCUUGAAAGUGGAGAUCCAAGGACAGCCCCGUGGCCCCUGCUGCACUCUCCACUUCUCUUUGCCUCCUACCUCCUUGUUGUGACACUGGGGCCCUUCUACACGUGCCAGUGGAAACCACUGAAGCUGUGAUGCCUGCUGAUUGCCUACAACCUCAAUAUGACAUUAUCGAGCUACCUGUUUUAUGAUUUUCUAGCAACAUCAGUCUUGGGCAACUACAGCUACCUGUGCCAGGCAGUGGAUUACAGACAAAGUGAACUAGGAAUGAUGAUGGCAAGAGUGUGGUGGCGGUGGCGGUUCUUCUCCAAAGCCAUCGAGCUGCUUGACUCGGUUUUCUUUAUUAUGUGCAAGAAACAAGAGCAGGUGACCUCUCUGCACAUGUACCAUCAUGGCACUCUGCUGUUCAGCUGGUGGUCAGGGGUCAAAUAUGUGCCUGGAGGACAAGUUGAUGCUAUCUACUCAGCAGGGACACCCUACCUGUGGGAAUGCAAAGUGAAGAAGGAUAAUAACAGGCGGAUGCUGACCUUGGUUCCCACCAGCUGCUGGCUACCUUAUCUCAGAAGGGAUAGAUAACAGACACCUUGUUAAUGAGGAAAACAAGGCUUGGUUUAUGCUGAUGGAGUGGGUUGUCCUUGACUAAUUAUGCUAAUGUAUAGGCAUGUGUUUUGUGCCCUGAGGGUAUAGAUUGAGAGCUGAAAUGAUCAAUAAAGGUCUCUGGCAUAAUUCACAUCGAA